AUGUUUUGCACAUCUAACUUGCUAAAGGUAACGGAGGUGUGCAAGCCAUUUAUACAAACGUUGCGCUUUUUUUCAAAAGUUUAUAACUUUAAAACGAAUUAUCCAGAAUUAUACAAGCACGUUGAUGAAUCUUCAAAGUACUUGUUCGACAAUCCUUGGGUUGGCUCGAAACAAGUGGUAAAAUGGAAGUGUGAACGUGGUCCAGAUCAUGUUUGGGACGCAACAUUGGAUUCGAGGAUCCAAUCUUACAAACGUAAUCAUAAAUUUACUUGUCUCUACUGCAUGGGGAAGAAAGUGUCUGUAACCAACUCUUUAGCAAGUCGAUUCCCCGAGAUAGCGAAGGAAUGGAGCUACGACAGGAAUGGGACUCUCACUCCCGAUAAAGUGACAUAUGGCUCUAGCAAGAAUGUUUGGUGGAAGUGUCCAAAUCAUAGUGAUCACUACUAUUUCACUUCUCCAAAUGAUCGAACUUAUAGUCAUCGCGGAUGUCCGUAUUGUAAUAAUAUGGAGGUCUGCAGUAGUAACAAUUUGGCUGUAACCCAUCCCUUGCUGGCUGCACAAUGGGACUACGAACUGAACAAAAAUCUAAAACCUGAGAAUAUCCUACCUUCGUAUACUGGAAAUGUGUGGUGGAGAUGUCCCGAUGAUCCAAGUCAUGUUUGGGAAGCCCCUGUCAAUCUGCGUGUACGGAACAAUUGGGGUAUGUGCUCCUUUCUCUAAAUAAAUUCUUUCUAGGAUGUCCCUACUGUAGUCACCGUCGUUUCAAGGACCUCAGUCUUGCCUCUCUGUAUCCUGAGAUGGCCAAAGACUGGGAUUACUCAAAGAAUGAUAAGGAGCUGUCUCCAGACACUAUCUCUCCAAACAGUGAAAAGCUAGUCUGGUGGAAGUGUGAACAUGGAGUGGAAUGGCGACAGAAUGUUGUAAGUAGAAAGAAGUCCUAUCUGCACGGUAGAGAUUUUUCUUUGUGUUUGCUAUCUUUAGGAUAUCAUCGAUGUCCGAUUUGUAAGGAAAAGUUGAAAAGAUCAAAAGCAGAAAGCACAAGUCACAUUGAAGAGUAGUUAUUUUUAUAUUUUUGCAGCUUUUGUUCAAUAAAUCCCAUCAGAUGGAUGAGCGGUUUAUCAAAUAUAUUGACGAUGUAAUCCAAGAUGAAUGGAAUCUUAGCUUAUUUCCAAAAGAGCUCUCUCUGCAACGAGAUUCGGAUUAUUUAGACAACUAUGACUAUAUGAGCACAAAGACCAAAGUAUUUCUUCUUAUUGUGAGUAUUAGAUAGAUUCACUUGUUACUACAGUUUUCUAUAGUUUCGAAAUUGUUUUUCAAUGAGCACGCUGAUAUGAUAAAGAAGUUUGUGGAGCGGUGCUCGCAAGACAGCGACGAAGUUGUUUUUGUGAUCUACUCUCAUUUAGUGGGUGUCGUUUAUUGCA